AUGUCUGAAAACGAGACAUUUGAAGACGAUUAUGUGUGCACGGAGACUGCGUUUAUGACGUUGGAUGUUAUGGAUGCUUAUCUUCGGUCAUUUGAAUAUUUUCUACUGGUUUCCUGUUUUUUCUCAACGUUUUUACAGGUUUAUGUCCUCACGAAGGCUGUCAAAAACAUUCGAAAAGCUACCGGUGAUGAAUGUCUCCAUUUGUUCCUCUUGAGUAUGACACUUGGAGAUUUAUUAUUAACUAGCUUCUGCUAUCCCAUCGAGCAACUUCGCGAACAAGAAAUUAUCAAGCCUCCAUUAUGGAUCAACGUUCUUCAACACUUUCUCACGUGGGUCGGAUUAAGUGCUUCUUCGGCCAGUUUGAUUCUUCUCAACGCUGAUAAGCUGCUUUAUUUCAAGUUUCCAUUGAGGUACACCAAUAUGAUGACGUCGUCAAAAGGUGUCUCAAUUGUUAUUGCUGUCUGGAUUGGGUGCUUCGUUUUUGUGACCCUAUGCUGGUGGUUGGAAUGUUUCAGCUGCGAAGAAGACUGUAGGCAACUAAUGAUUCUUCCAAAUAAAGUAGUUAUGUAUAUUGUAUUUACGGUUUCUGCUUGUAUUGCGCCCAGCCUUACAUCAUUAUUCGUAGCAAUCUAUAUUCUGAAAGUGGUCUCAUCCCAUAGGACAAAACUGUCUGAUGAGAACGGAAGCUCUUCACAUGCGUUGGCUUCUCGUCUCCGAACAUUUUACUUCAUUUUUAUGACGACAAUUUUCACCGUUGCUACUUUGCUGCCAUACCGACUUUACAAUAUCAAACGGCAAAUAAUCCCGAGAGAUUCUGAUGAAAUCAGCUGCAUGAAUAUCUUAUUCUCUUGGACUUGCCUAUACUUUGUUUCAUUGAAUGCGAUUCUAAAUCCUCUAAUCACCGUCACCGUUCUCCCGCAAUACCGUUUCCGAUGGCUUUGUAAAAUUCUUGGAUGUAAUUCAUCGCCCGCAGCGGUCUACGUGUGA